CUAAUAAAAAAAGCUUUUAAAGCUUUUAAAUACAACACUCAUUCCUCUGCUCAAACAGAGAGAAACAAAGAGAAAACAGAGAUGAAGUUAUACGGACUGGAAGUAGCAGUAGACACAGCAAGAGUAAUGGCAACUCUAGAAGAGAUGGCCGUCGACUACCACCUGAUCCCCAUCGACCCUGAGGCUGGAGAAACCAAGCUCCCCACCUACCUCUCCAUCAACCCUUUUGGCCAAAUACCAGCUCUCCAAGAUGCCCACCUCACUCUCUUUGGAUCAAGAGCAAUAUCAAAGUACAUAGCAAGGAAGCACAAGAGGAUGAGCAAGGAUUUGAUAAGAGAGAGUAACCCAGAAGAAGAAGCAAUGGUGGAAGUGUGGAUGGAGGUGGAGGCUGAACAGUAUGAGCCGGUGAUAUCUGCGCUGAUAAACUAUGUCAUCGAGGUGGGAUACUUUGGUAAAGUUGAAGAUGAACAAGUGAUGGCCAAAAAGGUUGGUGAUUUAGAGAAGGUGCUUGAUGUGUAUGAAGAGAGGUUGGGGAAGAGCAAGUACUUGGCUGGAGAUUUCUUCAGUCUUGCUGAUUUGCAUCACUUGCCGCAAACUCACAGGCUCAUGGCUUCACCUCGUUGUGCGUUGUUGAUAAAUUCUCGGCCAAAGGUGAGGGCUUGGUGGGAGGAUCUCUUGUCUCGGCCUGCUUGCAAGAAGGUCACUGAAACCAUGGAUGCCUGCGCCAUUGCUUGGAAAGAGAAGAAGAAGAAGAACAAUAACAAUGAAUCUUAGUGUUUUCUUUUCUCUUUCUUGAUUUCUUGCUUGUUGUGUUUUGAUUAUUAAUUGAAUAAAUGAAUGGAUAUAAUAGUACAUUAAUAAGGGUCAGAGAGGAGGAGGAGGAGGAGGAGAAGAAGGGGGGUAAGAAGUGAGAAGCUUGAGAUGAAGAGAUUGAAGGGAAGCUGAGAAAUGGAGAGCUUCAUCCAUGGCUUGUUGAGAAGCAGAUAAGGCGUGUGCCAUGGCUAAGGAAGGGAAGUAGUUGGAGUUGAGUUGGAAGAGGAUCUUGUCAUGUCUUUCUUGGAGUCUGAUAAGGCGUUCUUCAGUUUGUUCCAGAGCGUUGGUGAUGAGUUUUAGUUUAUGGAGGAUGAGCUGGCGGCGUUGCCAUUUUCGGAGCUCCGGCAAGCUGGUGAACACGGCGAGGGUGGCAGCGAUGGUGGAGAAGAAGAAAACAGGACCCAUUGAUAAUAAUUGAAGUAGAAUAUAGUUGAGUUAUUUGAAGUGGAUGGAAAUAGAAUAUAAUCAUGGAUUGGGAUGCU